AUGUCGGAGCCGAGCGAGCGCAGCGAAAGCCCCGCGAACACCGAGUCGCAGCUGGGCCACCAUGACCAUCACGACCCGGACGGCCGCCCGCCACCCCGCAAGCGCCAGCGCGUGAGGUUGUCGUGUCUCGAGUGCCGCCGGCGGAAGCUGUCGUGCGACCGCGAGUUCCCCUGCUCGCGCUGUCUGCAGUCGGGCACCCCGGAGCGCUGCGAGUAUGAGACGCGACCCGGCCUGGCGCCCCCGAACAAGCUCGGCCUGCAGCCGACUGCCCUCGCCGGUCUCGAUGCCCGCCUGUCGCUGCCGAGCACCGGCGGGGAGUCUCCCUACUUUCGCAAGGACGGCCGCGAGUCGGACCGCAUCCGCCGCCUCGAGCUCGAGGUCGCCCAGCUCAAGUCUCUUCUGGUCAAGCAGCUCUCGCUCGACGGCAGCACUGUCCAUGCCCGUUCGCCCCCGGACCCUCCCAAGUUGGAUGGGUGCGCUGACGCUGAGGUCGAGGUGCCGCCUUUCCUGCAGACGCAGGUGACGUGUGCCGACCGGGAAGAGCUGCGCUUCUUCCGGGGCAAGGAGUUCAAGACUCGUUACUUUGGCCCGCACAGUGCUUACUUGGCCUUUCAAGAGCUCUCCGGUCUGUGUCCCUUCAUGAAGGAGACCUCGGAGGAAUGGCUUCGGCCACUGCACAUUCACCGGACCAAGGACCGGCUCAAGGGCGCCGAAGAGCGGGAGCGCAAGUUCCGCGAACCCGAACCCGCCCUGGAGGCCCUGCUCCCUUCCAAAGAGGAGACAGAUAGCUUGGUAAACAUCUAUCUGGACCAGUUCGAGCAAGUCCACCGCAUUGUCCACAUCCCAAGCUUCCGUAGAGACUAUGCCAAGUUCUGGUCCGAACCUCGCAACGCCGCCUUCACCGCUCUUGUCCUGGCCAUCAUGGCCGUCUCCAGCUGCCUCUCGUCGCAGCUGCCAAACAAGUUCGAAAAGAUGCUGUCCAGCACGCACGUAAACGCCAUUCGAUGGGUAGAGGCCGUCGACCAGUGGCAGGAACGCCAGAGCCAAAAGCACCGGCGUUUGAUACACUACCAGAUUGCCUGCCUGGUCUAUCUUGCCAAGCGCGUCAACACGGUCAAGAAGAAGCGCUUCUGGCGGAACGCCGGUUCCAUGACUCAGGAUGCCAUCUCAGUGGGCCUCCACCGCGAGCCCAGCCACAUGUGCGACAAGAUCUCGCCCUUCAACCAGGAGAUGCGCCGCCGCCUUUGGGCGACCAUCCAGAGCUACGACUUGCAGGCCUCGUUCGACCACGGCCUCCCGUCCAUCCUCAGCUCCCUCCACUACGACGUCAACCAGCCGCGAAACAUUGACGAUGACGACUUUGACGAAGACACCCAAGAACUGCCCCCUUCGCGCCCGCCCACCGAAUACACCUUCUCUUCGUACCAGCACAUCAGCCGCCAGAGCCUGCCCCUCCGUCUCGAGCUCAGCCGCGUCUUGACCGGCCCGCCCGAAGAGUUAGACUACGACCGUGUGAUCCGCUAUACCAACGAAAUCAACCAAGAGAUCGACUCUCUCCCGUCUUGGGAUGUCAUCGAGUCCUCAGCAUCAUCCCAGAAUCCCGUCCUCAAGAAGCCCCUGCUCGCAUACACGGUCCUCCACAUCCAACUACGUCAGUACAUCAUCCCGCUGCACCAGCCCUUCCUGCGCCUGCGCAAGGCAAACUCAAAGUACCAGUACUCGGAGAUUAUCUACUACAAUGCGGCGCGCGAUAUGGUCCUCCUGCACGACCGGCUCGCACAGCAGGGGAUCCGCACGCUUAACUUCCUCCGCGAAGACUCGCUGACGCUGGCCAUCAACCUCACCAGCGUGACCAUGCUCCAGCCGCGCGGGAGCACCAACAUGAUCAUGAUCAACUCGCAGCACACGCUGCAGCUGCUCGAAAAGUGCCUCGCCAUGAAGGAGGACAGGAUUCUCCGGUGCGGCAACAAUGAGCCGUGGGGGUACAGCAUCAUGUGUGCCGCGUUUGGGCUGCUGGAGGCGCAUCUGGGGACCAAGACGCCCGAGGCGGCCAAGGCGGCGAGCGCGGAGCGCUUUGUGCACUUGCAUUGGAAGUUGCUGGCUGGCCAGCAGGAGAUGCCGUUGGGGAGUCAGCAGAGUGUGGCUGGGGCCGGGAGUGGAAGUGGAAGUGGUGUUGGGGUUGGGGGAAGUGGCGGAGGUGAGCAGGGCCGUAUGGUCGGGGGGACACCGUUUGUCGGCGGUGGUGCAGUUGUGGGAGGUGGGCCGCCGCCGUCAUCGGCGGAGAUGUUUGUUCGGUCUAAGUCUGUGACCCCCUUCCAGCCGUCGUCGUCUCAGCAGGGCGCUGGGCAGCAAGUUGAGGUGCCUGGCACACCGUGGUGGAUGCCUAACGCCGCGGAUCCGUCGGCGAUACCGCAGGUUAGUUACCAUCCCGGUGAGGUGAUUCAACCGCUCAAUCCGGACUUUAGCCUUGAAGCGUUGGGACUCAACCUCAAUGAGUUAUGGGGCAGUGGGAAUUUUGAUUGGGACGCCAUGAUGCCGUAA